CUUCUAGAUGAUACCCAAUAAAAAUUUUCGAACACAUGUCCAUAAGUUGAUUAGAUAAAAUAAUUCAUGUCAGUUAUUUUCCUAUGAAAAUGGAUUCAAAAUAGUUAUACUCAAGAUGGUUGUCCUGGUAGAUUAUUUUAGAUUGAAAACAUUGGUUUCUCGUGGAAGUUGGCGAAGAAAUUACUCUUUAGUUUAAUUUUUUUGCAUCUGAUAAGAUCAAUCACCAUAUAUUUUGGAUAUGUGAAUUGAUAUGUUUUUUCAAGAACUUAUAUCCACACAAUACUAUGGGGCCAGUGAUUAAAAUCUUCGUUUGAUUGAUGAUAUAAUUAAAAUUAGAGGAUCAUCUAAGUCUUGGGCGUUGAUUUACCUGGACAAAUAAGAAGUAAGGUAGACCUAUACCAAAAAGGCUGGAUAAGACAUUAGUUAACAGUGCUUGGUUUUCAAAUUAUCCUAUAGGAGUGUGGUCAGCAGGCUAUUGCUAGGGGUGUCAAAGCGGGUUUGGGUUUUCGGUUUAACCCGAAACCGAAUCGGUAACUAGCCUUAUCGGGUUCGUAUUUUCGGUUACAACCCGAAACUGACUGUAUCGGUUUCGGUUUCGCUUAAACCCGAAAACCAGUAAGAACAAAAAAAAAACCCGAAAUUGCAGUUUGGGCUCUCCUGGUUGUCAUCGUCAUUUUCCUCUCUCCUCCUGAUACUUCAGCUACGAGGAGCUCGUGGAGUCCACAGAUUCAUCGAUGGGCUUGGGCCUCUUCGUCCUGCCGGUCCUCCAGAUCUUCAAAAUGUCGCCGCGGGAUCACCGCCACCGGACCCACCACCACCUGCCGUCCGAAGGGAGCUCGCCCCGGGGAGUCACCGCGCUCAUUGUACUGCUUCGCAACCCCUUCGGCAGCAAACUCAUCCUUUCCUUCAAAAUCGCAACUUGUCGUCGCCGCAUCUGGGUAGCGCAACCCUUUUCCGAUCUUGUUUUAGGAUUUCCUUGGUUUCGCCGAUUCAGCUCCUUUCUUCAUCGAUUUCUCCCCUUGCUUCAUCGACUUCUAUUUCUUUUUAUCUUUCCGUUUUGUUUUCAGGAGCUAAAUCCCUCCUUUUUUUCUCGUGGAUUGGGUUCCCUGGGAAAUCUGCCAGCAUGCAAGGUUCAGGGGAAGGAGCUGGAAAUCAAGAGAGGAGAGAGAUUGAGUUAAGGAUCUGAAUGCCUAGUGGAGAAACGAAAUCAGAUCCAUCAGAUUUUGAGAGAAGUCGGUGGCGUACUGAAUGAGUGAGAGAUGUCGCCGACAGAGUAGAUGAAGGGAAGAAUGGGGUUCUGGGUUUGGGGUUAGUUCUUGGUACUGGGUAGUGAUUAAGAAUGUCAUUUGUGUGAGUGGAAAAGUGAGAAGCUAGCUUGGAUGCUUCUCUAGAAAAGGAAUAUGCAAGGAGAGGAAGAGAGAGGGGUUUGGAAGGAAGGCGGAGAGAGCUCUGAAUUUCCAAACCAAAACAGAACAAAAUUGAGAGCUCUGAAUUCACAAAACAGGACCCUACAUUUUCAUCUUUAAUAGUUUCAGGUUUUCGGGUUACAUGUACCCAAACCGAAACCGUCAGUGGACUUUUCGGGUUCGGGUAACCGAAACCCGAAGUCAGUAGUUUCGGGUCGGGUUCAGGUUUGUAGCCAGUGCACUGUGCGGGUUUUCGGUUAACCGACCCGAACCGAAUCGACACCCCUAGCUAUUGCUGCAGGUUUAUCUAAUCACUGUGAAGUUUUAAUUCAGAUGGAUUCGAGGCUAAAGUCAUGGCCUAAACAGUUUAAGUACUUCAGUUGGCUCUGCAUUGUUUGGUGUCUAUAGGAAGCUUAUGAAAUUAUAGGGUAAAUGCCUCACUAAGUUUACUAAAACAUGACACUAGAAAUAUUUAAUAUUAAUGUUGAUCACUCGAAUUACUAACAGAAGUGCUGACUCACCCUCCAGUUACGUCUCGUAUGUGUUACAAGUACUUUGAACUCUUCAUCGAACAUGUUUCCAGAUACACUUGGGUUUAUUUCAUACGACAAAAGUCUGAACUUAUUGAAUGCGGCAAAUAGUUUGUCCAAAUGAUUCAAACUCAAUUUGGGAGAACAAUUAAGAUCAUUCAUUUAGAUCUUGGGGAGUUUAGCAAAAAAUGAGUUGCUUGCUUUCUAUAAAUCUCGUGGUACUCUAGCACAACAUUCUUGUUCUGGAGUGUCGUCUCAACGGAAUGAAUUAGUUGAACGCAAAAAUUCUUCACGUUUUGGAGCUUACACACGUGUGAUUCUCUUUCAUAUUUCGAUCGUUCCACCAGAGACGGAAUAAGCACUUAUUGUUAGAUUUGUAUGGAUUGUUGGAUCUGUAUUAAAUCGUCUUUUUAAGAUACAAAGGGUGAGUGGGAAGAGAGAGAACUGUGGGUUUGAUGGAUGAGAUCUCAAAUUAAAUAGUUUGUUUCUUGACUUAAGUAUGGUCAUUUAAUAAAUCCGCCACCUUCUUUGUCAUCUUCUUCUUCUUCUCCACCACCCUCUUCCUAACUUCUUCCCAAACCCUUUCUUCUAUAUAUUCUCAACCUCUCUCGUUUUCUUCUCUGUAUAUUCACCCUCUUCCGCUACCCUCUUCUUCUUCUCUAUUCUCUCUCCCGUCACCAUGAAUUCGCACAACUCGAGCAGUUUCCUUAGUAAUACCCUCCUCAUCGCGAGCUGUGUAAUACUAAUAUUCACCACACUAUGUGGAGCUCGUUCAUUGCUACUCGAGAACAAGGUUUCUACUACUACUAGUACUAUUACUCCUUCAAAAGCUCAAAUAACAGAUUCAGGAGUUUAUCAUACUUCUGUUUUAAACAGAACCUUUAGACCAACCGAUUCUGGCCCUUCUCCUGGUGAAGGACAUGGCUCUCCUCCUCCUCCUCCUGGUAAAGGAAAUCAUUGAGUAGUAGUUGAUGACAAAUGUCGUCAUUUUGCAGCUGGACCUUAUAUAUCAUAUGGUUGAUUGUACUCCAUGCAUGGUUAAAGAAAUAUACAUGGAGGAAUAAAACUAUAUAUGUACUGUGUACAGUUGCUCAAGCGAUAUCUUUGUAAUAUUUUUCCUUGAAUAAAUUGAAGCCAGAUAAGAGUGGAAAUGUUUGGUAAGAGCAUGCAUGGUUUAUUUACACGUACGUAUACUGCAUGUUUGGUAAAGAUGAAGGAACUUCCAAAUCAGUUCUGCAACUAUCAACUAAUUGGCACGGGAAAAAAAAGAUGGAUCUGUAAAACUAAAUAUAAUUAACCUCAAGAGCUACCGUAGAGUGAGAGGGUAGGAUGGUAAUGUCGACCUGACCCGAUUUAUCUGAACUGUUUGACCUGAUUUGUAGGAAGUCCGACCCGCCUCGUAGGCGGGGCGGGGGCGGGUAUGGGUACCUCUCAUCGCGACCCGACCUGUCCCGAUCCGCCUCAUUCUUAUUACAUCAUAUUUUAGCUAUAAGAAAGUUGUAAAUAAGAAAAAAAAAUCUCAAUUUCUCCAAUAACUUAAUUACAUGUUAUCAUAUAAUGCUUUAUUUCUUGUUCUUUUCAUGAAAAUAACGAAUAUUUCUAAUGUUUUUCACAUAAAUUACAUACACAUUGGGUCGCCCUGCCCCAACCUGCGCGUCCUAUGAUAAAUUACCCAACCUGCUAUGGGACGGGUAUGGGUAUUGAGAUACCCUCCCCAGACCUGCCCAUUGCCAUUCCUAGAGAGGGAAAGUGUUCAGGGAAUCUAAACAGUAGCAUGUAUGAUGUAUCCAUGGUUAAUGUGGAUUGUAAAAGAGGAACACAUGGUUGUCGUCCCAUCAACGAUUUUCAUUAACAAAAACGAUAAACUAGGAAUAAACACAUAACAUAAAACUCUUCACAUGUUAGUUUACUUCUUUCCUAGGACAGGUAUUGUAUCCUAGAGGAUUCGAAACCCUAAUGGCCGCGGGUAUAUGAUCGUCUGUGUGGAUAUGCGUCGAGGAUGCAAUGCAACAAUACUACACUAGUCAUUUGCAUUGGUGUGGUCGCCUGGUCGGUGAUCUUCUUUUCUUUUUUUUAGAGAAAACUAGAGAUAUUUUCGGGGUGUGGGCAGAGAGUGUGCUUAUAGAGAUAUUUAAUUUUCGGGAUGAUGAGAAUCGAAACGAAUUCGGGUUGCAGUGUCUUCGGAUGAAGGAUCGAGAAGGAUCAGAGGAGACUGAAAGGAGACGGAAUAGAUAAGGAAAUUAGAAAUUACAUCCUUUCGAUUUAACACAAUUCAUCGGAUCGGAACUGGAUCAAAAUGAUAUGAUCUCAGUUAUAGCAUUUAGUCCAUUUUUCGGUUUUGAUUUUGGCUAAAAUGCAAUAUGGUUAACUGUUGAAGUUAAUAUGUAUGUAUUAGUAAUUGAUCAUUGAUUAAGGUUAAUUACUAAUAUGGUCCUUGGGUUUAGGGAUCUUAAUCUCGGCCAAGUAUAUAUAGUGUUGAUGGCCGAGUUGUAUGUAGGUGACGUUUGUGGCUGAAAACCUAAUAAUAUUGACUCGAGAGGUUCACUCUCCGUGGACUAGUCUCAGCAAUUCUUGCUGAGGAAACCACGUAAAUCGUGUGUGUGAUCUAGUUUCUUUUCAGUUCUCAUAUAGUUUGACAUUAACAAGGUAAGACGUAAAUGCAUGUUAAACCGAACCGGACCGAUUCUCCUCCCUAUGGCCUAUUGUGCUCACGUUUUGUCCAUUUUGUUAGAGAGAGAAAGAGAAGUUGGGUGCAUGGGAGAAUGAGAGAAAUGUGAAGUGGCCGGUGGGUGCCAUGCAGUAUCUGAAAUUAAAUUGUUUCUUCUUUCCUAAUUAAUGUCAUUUAAUUUCAAUUUAUCUUUAGUUCAGAUUCAAAACUGAACCUAUGUAUCAUUUAUUGUUUUUGGAUUGGUGUGGAUAUUUGGAUUUGACUGGAAUUUUACUUCAGAUUUCUCGAUCAUCUUUCUCUGGAAACUCGUAGUAGUGAGGAAAAUAGACUGUCUACUGCUAUUUUACGAAGAAUCCUGUUGAUGUGACUUGAAUCGGACUAUCAGCCGCAAGAAUACGGUGUAUGGGCUCAAUGUUAUUUGGGUUCGGGUUCUGAGCCUGGUCUGUAACCUUUACCUUUGCUAGAUUGGAUUAGGUUUAGACCCACAUGGAGAAGUAUUAUAAAUACUUCUCAUACUCCUCUGUAAUCUGUAAUCUCCUUGAUAUAGUGAAACUGGCUCUCUCUUGCCCGUGGACGUAGCUAACACACAUCGUGUUAGUGAACCACGUAAAUCGUGUGUCUGUGUUUUUCGAUUCUCGCUUUCGUAUUCUUGCUUUAUCGAUUCCGGCAAUUUCCCGAUCCGUAGCAGCGCGUUUAUAACAAACCCUUUAUCCAUUCAAGACUGGUCCAUUGUUAGUGUACGUAUGUAGGAAUUAUUAUGCAACGUCCAGGGAUUAUCAGAAAACUUGUGAUAUGAUUUAUGAGGUUUAUGGUAUGUUUCAGGAAAUUUAUGGUCUGCUUCAAAUUUUCUAUUAUGUUUUAUGAAUGUGUGGGUGGUGAGAAUAUGAUCCGCUUUAUAAGCUUUCUUAUUAGUUAUUACUUUACGUUAUUUGUAGUGUGAUUUGUUGUGUUUCUAGUAUGUUCAUGAUACCAUGGUGAGGCACGGGACGUAGAAUAAAUGAACAACACCACACACGUGUGCCCCAUAAAUUUUCAUAGUGACAAACAUGUCACUCUCUUUAAAAAUCACCAGAAUUAAUUAUAAUCAACUCCUUAAAAUAAAAUAAAAAAUUAUCAAAACGAAAUGUUUCGAAUAGCCAAAUCUAAUGUUAACACCAUGACAAUAAAUUGAAUGCUAGCACUAUAACCUUUCCUUUGUACAUGCCUUCUUUUUAAGAGAAAAAAAAAAGGUUAGUGGGAGAGAGAUCUCAAAUUAAAUAGUUUGUUUGUUGACUUAAGCAUAUUAUCAUUUAUUAAAUCUCGCCACCUACUUCGUCGUCUUCUUCUUCUCCACUACCCUCUUUCUCACUUCUUCCCAAUCCCUUCUUCUAUUUAUUCUCAAUCUCUCUCGUUUCCUUUCUCAGUGCUUUUACCAUCUUUCUUCAACCUCUUAGGCUGCCAUUUUCUUCUUCUUCUUCUUCUGCUUCUCUCUAUUCUCUCCCUGUCGUCACCAUGAAUUCGUAUAACUUGAACAGCUUCCUUAGUGCCCUCUUCAUCGCGAGCUGUGUAUUGUUAUUAGCCACACUGUGUGGAGCACGAUCGUCACUGCUACUCGAGAACAAGGUUUCUGCUACAACUAUUACUCCUUCAACAACUCAAAUAACAGUGCCUGCUCUUAGCCAUGAAGGAAAAAGAUUGUCUGAUAGUACUUCUGUUUUAUACAGAACCCUUAUACCAACCAAGUCUGGCCCUUCUCCUCGUGGUGAAGGACAUUAUCGUUAACUAGAGUUUGUAUGUGUCAUAUUGAUUUGUACUCCAUGAUUCGAGACAUGCAUAUGUUCAUGGAGGAAUAAAACUAUGUAUGUACA